AUGUCUGAUUUGACUGAUCAACCUCAGGUUGAGGAGGACCUUAAUGAUGAUCAGAUCCAACAGCUCUUGUUGGAAGCCGAGGCCAGACUGCGUCCCAAUGGUCAAAUUUCUCAAGGCCUAGACGUCGCUUCUCUGAAGAUCCCCAAGUUAUCCUCGGGGUCUUCUCUUGAGCCGUACAUUCGCCAACAGAAUGAUAUUGCCGUCGUUGAUUCAACCCAACUCGUCGACCCGAAGGAGAAAAAGCUAGCCAACUCGCUACGCUCGACUCAGGCGAUAACGGCAAAGAAGCCCAGCACAGACAAGGCCACCGCUGGACCCGAAUGGUUCAACAUGCCCAAGACAGUGAUGACCACGGAACUAAAGCGGGAUUUGCAACUCAUCCGCAUGCGUAAUGUGUUGGAUCCCAAAAGACACUACAAGAAAGAAAAUGGCAAAGCCAAGGCACCAGAGUUCUCCCAAAUUGGUACCAUUAUCCAGGGACCGACAGAGUUCUUCAGUAACCGCAUUGUGAAGAAGGACCGCAAGAAGAACUUUGUUGAAGAGACCAUGGCGACGGAGCGACAGACUGGACGCUUCAAAUCCAAGUACCGCGACAUCCAAGCCACAAAGACCAGUGGAAAGAAGGCCUACUACAAUAACCUCCAGGCCAAGAGAAACAAGAAGUGA